CCUGGACGCAGGGCUCCGCGCUCCGCACCCGCCGCGGCCGCUGCCCGCCCCGCGCCCCGCGCUCCGCGCUCGCCGACCCGGCGGAGCUCUGAGGGGGGAACGCGCGGGCCCGAGGCCGGCCCGGGAAGCCCGGGAGGGCGGCCGCGCCGCUCGUGCAGCCGCCGGCGCCUCUGGAGGGCGGAUGCGCGCGGGCCGCAGCCCCUGAAGCCGGGCCCGAGGCUAGGAGGGAGCGAUCGCAGCCCAGAGGGGCCGAACUGGGAGAUGGACAGGAACCAGCGCGUGGCGGCGGGCCCUGCCCUGCGGCGGUGGCUGCUGCUGGGGGCCGUGACAGUGGGGCUCCUGGCCCAGAGCGUCCUGGCGGGCGUGAAGAAGCCUGACGUGCCCUGCGGAGGGAGGGACUGCAGCGGGGGCUGCCAGUGCUACCCCGAGAAAGGAGGACGGGGCCAGCCAGGGCCAGUGGGCCCCCAGGGAUACAACGGGCCCCCCGGCUUGCAAGGAUUCCCAGGACUGCAGGGCCGCAAAGGUGACAAGGGCGAGAGGGGGGCUCCCGGCAUCACAGGACCAAAGGGAGACGUGGGAGCAAGAGGUGUUUCUGGAUUCCCUGGUGCCGACGGAAUUCCUGGGCACCCGGGGCAAGGCGGGCCCAGAGGACGACCCGGCUACGAUGGCUGCAACGGGACCGUGGGCGACGCAGGCUACGCGGGACCCGUGGGCCCGGACGGCUUCCCCGGGGCCCCCGGGCCCCAAGGACCCAAAGGUCAGAAAGGCGAACCCUACGCCCUGUCCAGGGAGGACCGUGACAAAUACAGGGGGGAACCUGGAGGGCCCGGACUGGUCGGUUUCCAGGGGCCCCCUGGCCGCCCUGGGCCUGUGGGGCAGAUGGGUCCGGUUGGAGCUCCAGGAAGACCAGGCCCGCCUGGACCCCCUGGACCGAAAGGACAGCCAGGCAACAGGGGACUUGGUUUCUACGGAGAAAAAGGUGAAAAGGGCGACAUGGGACAGCCGGGACCCAACGGGAUUCCGUCAGACAACCAGCAUGCCAUCAUUGGGCCCACGAAGGAGACGAUCCACCUAGAUCAGUAUAAGGGCGAAAAAGGAAGCGAGGGGGAGCCAGGAGGAAAGGGCAUCUCCUUGAAGGGGGAAGAAGGCGUCGUGGGCUUCUCAGGAGCACGGGGUGCCCCUGGCUUCGACGGUGAGAAAGGUUCGCUGGGACAGAAAGGAAGCCGAGGACUAGACGGUUACCAAGGACCUGACGGAUACCCAGGACCCAAGGGAGAAACAGGAGACCCAGGGCCCCCCGGCCCGCCAGCCUACUCCCCUCACCCGUCUCUGGCCAAAGGUGCCAGAGGUGACCCAGGAUUCCCAGGAGCCCUCGGGGACCCGGGAGCCCGGGGCGAGCCAGGAGACCCCGGCCCGCCAGGUCUCCCUGGCACGUCCAUCAGAGAUGAAGAUGAGAAGAGAGGCUUGCCUGGUGAAAUGGGACCGAAAGGCUUCCCAGGAGAGCCGGGCGACCCCGCACUGUACCCCGGCCCACCAGGAACUGAUGGACAGCCAGGGCUCCGAGGGCCCCCUGGCCCUCCUGGACCACCUGGACCAGACGGUUUCCUUUUCGGCCUUAAAGGAUCAAAAGGAAGGAUAGGCUACCCGGGGCCAUCGGGUUUUCCCGGGGCUCGCGGACAGAAAGGAUGGAAAGGUGAUGCCGGGGACUGUAGGUGUGCAGAGGGCGACCAGUUCGUCGGGGGCCUUCCGGGGCUGCCAGGACCCAAGGGCUUCCCAGGCAUCAAUGGGGAGCCAGGGAGGAAAGGCGGCCAAGGAGACCCGGGCCAGCACGGCAUCCCCGGGUUCCCGGGCUUCAAGGGAGCCCCUGGUGAGACUGGACCUCCUGGGCCCAAAGGAAUAAAGGGAGAUUCCAGAACAAUCACCACCAAAGGUGAGCGAGGACAGCCCGGUGUCCCAGGUGUGCCAGGGACGAAAGGGGACGAUGGCCUCCCGGGGCGAGACGGACUCGAUGGCUUCCCGGGCCUCCCAGGCCCUCCUGGUGAUGGCAUCAAAGGCCCCCCAGGGGAUGCGGGCUACCCAGGAGCACCCGGCACCAAGGGCAUUCCAGGAGAAAGCGGGCCCCCAGGACUGGGCCUGCCUGGCCCCAAAGGCGACCGCGGUUUCCCCGGAGAUGCUGGAUUACCUGGACCGCCAGGCUUCCCCGGGCCUCCUGGCCUCCCAGGCACUCCGGGACAGAUAGAUUGUGAUACAGGUGUGAAAAGGCCCAUCGGAGCAGACGGACAGGAGACCAUCCAGCCAGGUUGCGUCGGAGGGCCCAAGGGAUCGCCAGGCCUGCCGGGCCCCCCAGGCGCCCCAGGUGUCAAAGGCCUCAGAGGGAUUCCAGGAUUGUCAGGAGCUGACGGAUCACCAGGGCUCAAGGGUCUCCCGGGAGACCCGGGCCGGGAGGGAUUCCCAGGACCCCCAGGGUUCGUGGGGCCCCGAGGAUCCAAAGGCGCAGUAGGCCCCCCUGGCCUGGAUGGGGCCGCAGGUCCCUCGGGCCUGCCAGGGCCGGUCGGGCCCCCAGGGGACAGGGGCCUUCCUGGAGAAGUCCUGGGGGCCCAGCCCGGGCCCCGGGGAGACGCUGGACUGCCUGGACACCCUGGACUGAGAGGUCCUCCGGGAGAGAGAGGUCUGCCUGGAUUCCGGGGGAGCCAGGGGAUGCCGGGGAUGCCGGGCCUGAAGGGUCAGCCAGGCUUCCCAGGACCGUCGGGCCAGCCGGGCCUGCCCGGGCCGCCAGGACAGCAUGGCUUCCCAGGAGCUCCUGGCCGGGAAGGGCCCUUGGGGCCGCCGGGCACCCCUGGCUUCGGAGGUCUGCCUGGAGACAGAGGGGACCCAGGGGACACAGGCUUCCCUGGCCCUGUGGGCAUGAAGGGUGAACCCGGUGAUAGAGGUACCCCUGGUCUGCUGGGCCAGACGGGUCAUCCUGGAAACCCUGGAUUUAAAGGAAUGGCCGGAAUGCCUGGUGCCCCGGGACCAAAAGGCGGUAGAGGUUCACCCGGGAUGGACGGUUUCCAAGGCAUGCUCGGGCUCAAGGGGAGACCCGGGCUCCCGGGGAGCAAAGGAGAGGCCGGAUUUUUUGGAAUUCCAGGGCUGAAGGGCCUGGCUGGCGAGCCGGGCGUGAAAGGCAGCCGUGGGGACCCUGGCCCCCCAGGACCACCUCCCAUCAUACAGCCGGGAAUGAAAGACAUUAAAGGAGAGAAAGGAGAUGAAGGCCCCAUGGGACUGAAAGGGUACCUGGGCUUGAAAGGCGUACCAGGAAUGCCGGGGAUCCCCGGGCUGUCAGGAGCCCCUGGGUUGCCGGGGAAACCAGGCUACAUCAAAGGAGUCAAAGGAGACACCGGAGUCCCCGGCGUGCCUGGGUCACCAGGAUUCCCCGGCGUGCCCGGCCCCCCCGGAAUCUCAGGGUUUCCGGGGUUCACGGGCAGCAGGGGUGACAAGGGAGUUCCGGGGAGAGCUGGCCUUUACGGAGAGACUGGCCGCACCGGUGAUUUCGGUGACAUUGGAGACAGCAUCGACUUACCAGGAAGCCCGGGUCUGAAGGGAGAACGGGGCAUCGCUGGAGCACCAGGUCUGAAGGGAUUCUUCGGACAGAAAGGAACAGAGGGUGACGUCGGCUUUCCCGGGAUCACAGGCCUGACAGGAGUCCAAGGCCCUCCCGGACUCAAAGGGCAAACAGGCUUCCCAGGACUGACAGGGCUGCAGGGGCCUCAGGGAGAGCCAGGCCGGGCCGGAGUGCCAGGCGCCAAGGGAGACUACGGCUGGCCAGGGACUCCAGGCUUACCAGGUCUGCCCGGCAUCCGAGGCAUCAGCGGAUUACACGGCCUGCCAGGCACCAAAGGCUUUCCAGGAUCCCCAGGUGCGGACGCCUACGGAGACCCCGGCUUCCCAGGUCCUGCGGGGGACAGGGGUGACUCAGGAGAGGCCAACGCCCUUCCAGGCCCUGCUGGCGCCCCGGGCCAGAAAGGGGAGCGUGGCACCCCAGGGGAACGAGGCCCAGUUGGGAGUCCAGGACUUCAGGGAUUUCCAGGCAUCACGCCCCCUUCCAACAUCUCUGGGUCACCGGGGGACACAGGAGCGCCCGGGAUAUUUGGCCUGGAAGGUUACCGAGGCCCCCCCGGGCCACCGGGUCCUGCCGCUCUUCCUGGAAGCAAAGGAGAAGAGGGGAACACAGGAACCCCCGGAAACGCAGGGCCCAAAGGCUGGGGCGGGGACCCCGGGCCCCAGGGCCGGCCUGGUGUGUCCGGACUCCCCGGAGGAAAAGGGCCCAGAGGUGAGCAGGGAUUCAUGGGAAACAUAGGCGCCACCGGGAGUGUGGGUGACCGAGGCCCCAAGGGACCCAAAGGAGACCGAGGACGCCCAGGUUCCCCUGGCGCUGUGGGGGCCCCAGGGAUUGCAGGAAUCCCCCAGAAGAUUGCCGUCCAGCGGGGGCCAGUGGGUCCGCAGGGAAGGAGAGGCCUGCCGGGGGCUCCGGGGGAGAUGGGGCCCCAGGGCCCCCCGGGAGAGCCAGGUUUCCGUGGGGCUCCGGGGAAGGCCGGGCCCCAGGGAAGAGGCGGUGUGUCGGCCGUUCCCGGAUUCCGAGGAGACCAGGGGCCCAUGGGGCAGCAGGGGCCCAUUGGCCAGGAAGGGGAGCCAGGCCGCCCCGGGAGCCCCGGCCUGCCCGGCAUGCCGGGCCGCAGCGUCAGCAUCGGCUACCUCCUGGUGAAGCACAGCCAGACGGACCGGGAGCCCAUGUGCCCCGUGGGCAUGAGCAAGCUCUGGAGCGGGUUCAGCCUACUCUACUUCGAAGGCCAGGAGAAAGCCCACAACCAGGACCUGGGGCUGGCGGGCUCCUGCCUGGCCCGCUUCAGCACCAUGCCCUUCCUGUACUGCAACCCCGGCGACACCUGCUACUACGCCAGCCGCAACGACAAGUCCUACUGGCUGUCCACCACCGCCCCGCUGCCCAUGAUGCCCGUGGCCGAGGAGGACAUCAGGCCCUACAUCAGCCGCUGCUCCGUGUGCGAGGCCCCGGCCGUGGCCAUCGCAGUCCACAGUCAGGACGUCUCCAUCCCCCACUGCCCGGCUGGAUGGCGGAGUUUGUGGAUCGGCUAUUCCUUCCUCAUGCACACGGCCGCGGGCGACGAGGGCGGCGGCCAGUCGCUGGUGUCGCCGGGCAGCUGCCUGGAGGACUUCCGCGCCACGCCCUUCAUCGAGUGCAACGGGGCCCGCGGGACCUGCCACUACUACGCCAACAAGUACAGCUUCUGGCUCAGCACCAUCCCCGAGCGCAGCUUCCAGAGCGCGCCGGCCGCCGACACGCUCAAGGCGGGGCUGGUGCGCACGCACGUCAGCCGCUGCCAGGUGUGCAUGAAGAACCUGUGAGCCCGGCCCGGCCGCCGGGCCGCCUUGGUGCUUCUUAACUUAUUACCUCAGGUGCCGCCCCAAACAUCGCCUUCAUUUCCUUCCUUUAUAAAACAAAAGUAACCAAAGGAAUUGAGCACCAGCCCUUAGACCAAACCGCGCCUCGCCGUCCGCGGGCGCCGCCCCGCCCCGCCCCUGGCCACGCCCCCUACCGCCCCCGCCCCCUCCCGGCUCGACGCCGUUCGCGCCCCCCUCCCCCACGGCGGUCUAAGCAGCUAACCUCCCACUGUGCACCUGUGUAUUCACGGCCCUUUCAGCCGCCACAGAUAACCCACUUAUUUAACUCACUUGAUGGGGUGGUGUAGACAGACAAAGCCACGCAGCCCAAGGGCUCCCGAACUCGCGCCCGCUGCUCCCACACGAGGGCCUCGUGGGAGGGGUCUCGAAGCCAGCUUGACGACAGCGUCUUCUCCCGAACACCUUGACGCGGAGCGCCUACGGUGCUUCUUCCUGUAAAAGCCACUGGGAUUCGCACACCAGCUGCUUCCCACGGCGUCCCUGCAGACCACGGGGCCCGGCAAGACCCGCGUGGGGGCAGAGCCCUUCCCGCGGGUGCGCCCGCCAGGCGGGGGCGCAAACCUCGCAGCCGGCGGCGCUGCCUCUGCCGCCCCGGGCUGCGCCGGAGCCUGCGCCCCGCUCUGCGGCGCCUUGUACUCCUAGGCCUGCGCCAUCCUCCGUAACGACCACGCAAUAAAAGUUGGUUUUGGACAUUUUUAUACCCCAA